AAGAGGAACCUUUGAUCACGCGUGUGACUUGCACAGUUUCUAGUUGCAGACUUCAGGCGCCUCUCCUGUACAAAUUAAAUAUCAAAGUGAUAAUUAAAAUGGCAGAAUUAACGGGUGCAACUCCUGAUGAAGAUAUUUUCGACUCAAUUGUAAUGGCAGAAGAAAGAUUUCAUGAGGAGGGAUUUAGCGAAGGCUUUGCUGCAGGUAAAAUCGCUGGAGACCAAGAAGGCUUCAAGAUGGGACAAGUCAAGGGUAGACAGAUAGGGUCCGAGUAUGGUUUCUAUCUGGGCUUUGUAGCAACAUGGCUGCAACUUGUGAAAGAAGACCCUGGACUUGCUAAGAAAAACGUAGUGAAAACACUUGAUGCGCUGAACGCCAUGCUUGCCUCCUUUAAAGUGAACGACAUAAACAACGAAAGCUACUGGGAUGAUUUGAAGAAAAUCAGAGACAAAUUCAAGCAGGUUGCUUCACUUCUCGGUGUUAAACUGGAUUUCACCGACGAGAAAACCCAACAACCACCCAUGUCCUUCUGAGAGGGGCAUGUCUGUUGGAAAGGAGAUGUUCGUAGCUUGUGUUGGUGUGAGACAACUCUCGGGAGCUAGCUGACGACAUAGCCUGCUUCCAACUGGAAUGGUGCUGCAGUAUCCUGCCCUAGCCCCAGCAAGAGAUGUUAUUAUCCUUUCGGAGGUUGCGCCAAAGAAUGUGACAAAGUUCAGGGUUCCCAGCGGACUCUCUGUUCAGGAGCAGUAGAUGACGCCGAGUGACCACCCACCACCCGAUGGAGUUCCAGUGUGUAGGAUACAUUGUUUGUGUGUGUACUGGUAGCAAUCCUUCCUUGACUGUUCACUAAUGUGCUGCAAACCAUGUUAUUUUUGUGAUA